CUUUUAAAAAUGGCAGCCAUGGACGGUGGAACUGAACAAGAAUAUCAUCCUUCUGUUCAAAAUAUUAUUGAUCAGACAUCAUUAAAAUGGAUAUUUGUCGGAGGAAAAGGUGGGGUUGGAAAGACAACAACAAGCUGCAGUUUAGCCUCACAAUUAGCCAGUCACAGAGAUUCAGUUUUAAUAAUCUCCACGGAUCCAGCUCACAAUAUUUCAGACGCAAUGAAUCAGAAGUUUUCAAAAACACCAUCUUUAGUAAAGGGAUAUGAGAAUUUGUAUGCUAUGGAAAUCGACCCAAAUUUAGGUGUAUCCGAGCUACCCGAUGAAUAUUUUGAACAAGGCGAUAUGGUGAACAUGGGAAAGUCUAUGAUUGGUGAAUUAUUAGGAGCAUUUCCAGGAAUAGAUGAAGCAAUGAGUUUUGCUGAAGUUAUGAGACUAGUAAAAAAUAUGAACUUCUCGGUGGUAGUGUUUGAUACAGCUCCAACAGGUCAUACAUUAAGACUUUUAUCUUUUCCAAGUAUCAUAGAAAAAGGUUUAGGAAAAUUGUUACGCCUUAAAAAUCACAUCAGUCCAUUCAUUUCACAGAUAGGAGGUUUAUUGGGUAUGCAGGAUAUUAAUGCUGAUCAAAUGUCAUCUAAACUUGAUGAAAUGUUAGCCACAAUCAGACAAGUUAAUGAACAAUUUAAAAAUGCAGAUCAGACGACGUUUGUUUGUGUGUGUAUUGCCGAGUUUUUAUCGUUAUAUGAGACGGAGCGUUUAGUUCAAGAACUCACACGUUAUAGUAUUGACACACAUAAUAUUAUAGUCAAUCAACUUCAUUUUCUCAAGAAAGGGGAACAACCCUGUAAACUCUGUGGAGCUAGAAGUAAAAUACAGAAAAAAUAUUUAGAUCAAAUUGAUGAUCUAUAUGAAGAUUUUAACGUGACAAAGUUACCAUUGCAAGAAGAGGAAGUUCGAGGAGUAGAAAGAAUAAAAUCUUUUUCUAGAUAUUUAUUAGAACCGUAUUCACCAGAUCGAUAGUGAAUAUAAUACAACUUAUUGAUAUUAUUGUACAUAUAUUCGUUAAUGUUAAAGAUCCAUUAUAAAAGAGAUAAAUCUUCCUAUUGCAGGUCUUUUUUUUGGCUUGAAAUAAUACAUAAACUUAUAAUUAGACAUUUAUUCAUGUGACAAGCCCAUAAUCAACUCUCGUCUGUCAAACCUUGUGGGUUUUCUCCGGGUCAUCCAGUUUCCUCCCACUGCUAAAGACCCCUAUGCGCAAGCGAAUUAUUGAAAUAAAAUUAAACCAUAUGUUAGUCCCGAAAUGACCUAGUUUGUGUUGAGUGGACGUUAAACCCCAUUUCUCUCUCUCUCUCGUAAUCAACUCUCUGGACAAUCGGAUGGCAGUGAUUUAUGAUUUAAAUAGUAUAGAAUGCCCGCAGGUUUAAAAAUUAAUCAACAAAAUGAGUAAUCAAGACUUAAUUUCCUUUAUCCAGUAGCAUAGCUACGAUAAUAAACUAUCAACGCUACAUCUUCCUACACUCAUAACUAUCCUCAGAAAAAGUAAUUUGAAUGAAAUUUUAAUAUAUUCAUUUUUCAUUAUCUGUUUUGAACUAUUAUAACAAGAACGACCAGCUCUUUAUAUAAAUCAUGCAUUAUGUAUCUAUAACAGUGUAUUGAUUUUAUUGUACAUACAUCUAUAUAUAAUAUUUUAAAUUAUUAUUCUGUGUGUUU